UCUUCUUCUCUUGAGAAAUAAAAGACCAGUAAUUUUCCUAGCUUUUGUGGCCAACUCAACUCAAGUACACCACAAGAAAGAAACUCUUUCAGAAAUAUCUCCAUGGCUCGUGUGGCUUCAAAUCCCUUAGGCCUCCAUAGAUUCCGGUCAUAUUUUCAGGCCGCUCAACCUCCACCGCCGCUCAUCCAAACCUCUUUCCGUUACCAAAUCAAGUCUCGCCGAUUCACAACCAUAGUAGCCUGCCAAACUGACCCCAACCCCACCGAAACGUCCACAAAGGGAAAGGUGCUUGUUGAGCCUGCUUCGGUAACUGAUACUAGAAGCGAGGGUUUAUCUUCGUCUCCGGGAUCGGGAUUGCCUGAAUUUCCAAAUAAAGAUGUAAAUAAGCAAAUAGCAGCGGUUUCUGUGGUUGUGGCGGUGGGACUUUUCUUAUCGGCACGGCUGGAUUUGGGUGUUUCGUUAAAGGAUCUCUCGGCUGCUGCUAUACCUUACGAAGAGGCUCUCUCAAAUGGGAAGCCCACGGUUGUGGAGUUCUAUGCAGAUUGGUGUGAAGUGUGUCGGGAGUUAGCUCCAGACGUUUACAAAGUUGAGCAGCAGUACAAGGAUCGUGUUAAUUUUGUUAUGCUGAAUGUUGACAACACAAAGUGGGAACAAGAGCUUGAUGAGUUUGGUGUUGAAGGUAUUCCACACUUUGCAUUCCUCGACAAAGACGGGAAUGAAGAGGGUAAUGUAGUUGGCAGAUUUCCCAGGCAAUACCUCCUUGAGAAUGUGGAUUCUCUUGCCCAUGGGGAAGCAAGUGUUCCUCAUUCUCGUGUUGUUGGACAAUAUUCAAGUACUGAAUCCAGGAAAGUGCAUCAAGUUGUUGAUCCUAGAAGUCAUGGGUAGAUGCUAUAUACUCUUUGAAAAGUGGCCCAGUAGCUUGUUUCUUGAAGCACAGGUUCAAGAUUCCAGGGGAACACUUCAGGUUAUCAUAAAUAAGCUUCCAUAUUCAAAGUAUUUUGUUGGGAAAAAGAGGAACAUAUCAAUUUACGCAGUUGUUAGCCUCCCUCUAAUGAAAUGCAGAUUAUCCUACAAUAACUGAUUUCCUAUGGCAAAUUGACCUAUGUUAGCUGGUGCACGCCUCAGUUACUCUUUUUUAUACUUACAGCCCCCAUAUUCCUUGCACACUAUCACCAAUUUGGGGUCUUUUGGUAUUUGCAAAUCCUUUAUGGUUUAGUUGUUUCGUAAGUCAUAAUUGUUGAUGAUUUAAA